GUUACCAUAUAUAUCCUUCUAAACAAGGAAGGUUAUGAAUAGUAUAAGUUGAUAUGAGCAGAUGAUUUGAUGAUAAAAAAAACCGCGUGGGGAAACGAGGGAUAAGGACAAGAGGCUGGCGCUAAUUUCUUUGUCCUGCGGCAGUAUAAGAGGAGGAGGGGUCACGGGUGGCAUUGGCACAUCCUCCUCGGCGCCAAGCAUUCGAAUGGGAAAACUGUGUGGAGCCAAGUUCAGAAUGUUGCUCGUUGUUCUCCUCUUCUCGUGGAUUCUCUCCGUCACUUCGUCAGUGACUUACGACCACAAGGCCGUCAUCAUCAAUGGGCAGAGGAGGAUCCUCUUCUCCGGGUCCAUUCACUACCCGAGAAGCACUCCCGAGAUGUGGCCGGAGUUAAUUCAGAAGGCAAAAGAAGGAGGCUUGGAUGUUAUCCAAACCUAUGUGUUCUGGAACGGGCAUGAGCCUUCUCCCGGAAAAUAUUAUUUCGAGGACCAAUAUGAUUUAGUUCGGUUCAUCAAGUUAGUGCAGCAAGCAGGACUUUACGUUCAUCUCCGUAUUGGUCCUUACAUCUGUGGCGAAUGGAACUUCGGGGGAUUCCCAGUGUGGCUGAAAUAUGUGCCCGGCAUUGAAUUCAGAACAGACAAUGAGCCAUUCAAGGCUGCAAUGAAAGGAUUCACAGAAAAAAUAGUGAACAUGAUGAAGGCCGAACGGUUAUUUGAGUCUCAGGGAGGUCCGAUAAUCCUGUCUCAGAUAGAGAAUGAGUACGGGCCGGUGGAGUGGAAGAUCGGGGCACCAGGGAAAGCCUACGCCGAGUGGGCAGCUAGCAUGGCAGUGGGGCUCGGGACCGGUGUCCCCUGGAUCAUGUGCAAGCAAGAACACGUUCCUGAUCCUAUUAUCAACACCUGCAAUGGCUUUUAUUGUGAGAGGUUCGAACCCGAAAAGCAGAACAGACCGAAGAUGUGGACUGAACUCUGGACUGGCUGGUUUACAGAGUUUGGUUUGGCCGUACCUCACAGACCAGCUGAGGACAUGGCGUUUGCGGUCCUGAGAUUCAUACAGAACCGUGGUUCAUUUGUUAACUACUAUAUGUACCAUGGCGGGACGAACUUUGGCCGGACAUCUGGUGGUCCAUUUAUUGCCACUAGCUACGAUUAUGAUGCUCCUCUUGAUGAGUAUGGACUUCCGAGGGAACCAAAAUGGGGUCACAUGCGAGAUCUUCACAAAGCUGUCAAGCUCUGUGAACCAGCUUUAGUUUCUGCCAAUCCGAAUGUCACACGGCUGGGAAAAAACCAGGAGGCUCAUGUGUUCAAGUCCGAUUCUGGGGCAUGUGCGGCAUUUCUUGCAAAUUACGACGAACAAUACACAGUUAAGGUGAACUUCUGGAAUACGGAAUACAACCUGCCUCCUUGGUCCAUCAGCAUACUUCCAGGCUGCAAGAACGUGGUUUUCAACUCUGCAAGGCUUGGGGCCCAAAGCACGGUGAUGAAUAUGACUCCGGUGAUCAAGAGCUUCUCGUGGCAAUCUUACGAAGAGGAGACGGUAUCUGCCUAUGGGAAUGAUACGUUUGCAAUGAAGGGCUUGUACGAGCAGCUGAAUCUUACCAGAGACUCUACGGACUACCUCUGGUACACGACAGACAUCACUAUAAAACCAGACGAGGCGUUCCUAAAGACCGGUCAAUACCCACUUCUCACCAUAUUGUCAGCAGGACAUGCCCUGCACGUCUUCCUUAACGGUCAGCUAGUGGGGACCGUAUACGGGUCACAGGAGAAACCGAAGCUCACAUACAGUGGCAAUCUGAAGCUGAGAGCUGGCAUCAACAAGUUGUCCCUACUGAGUGUUGCCGUUGGGCUUCCGAAUGUUGGCGUCCACUUUGAAAGGUGGAAUGUGGGGGUUCUCGGCCCAGUGACACUGAAGGGCUUGAAUUCCGGGAUGUGGGAUUUGUCGACAUGGGAAUGGUCCUACAAGGUUGGCCUGAAAGGUGAAGCUCUGAGUCUCUAUACCCCUGUUGGAAGUUCCUCGGUCAAAUGGAUGCAAGGAUCUUCAUUGGUAUCAAAACAGCCCAUGCAAUGGUACAAGACGACUUUCAAUGCACCCGGAGGGAACGCCCCAUUAGCUUUGGACACGAACACCAUGGGGAAAGGCCAGAUGUGGAUCAACGGUCGGAGCAUCGGGCGCCAUUGGCCUGCAUAUACAGCACGCGGCAAUUGCAGGGAGUGCAGCUAUGCGGGAACUUUCAAUGACAAGAAGUGCCGGACCAACUGUGGAGAGGCUUCUCAGAGAUGGUACCAUGUCCCAAGAUCGUGGCUCUCUCCCACUGGAAACUUCUUGGUCAUAUUUGAAGAGUUAGGUGGGGACCCCAGCAGCAUCUCUUUGGUGGAAAGGAAAGUGGGAAGUGUCUGUGCUGACAUUUACGACGGGCAGCCUUCACUCAGAAGCUGGCACACCGCCAGUAAGCCUAAGGCUCACUUAUGGUGCCCUCCGGGGCAAAAUAUCACGCAGAUAAAGUUUGCUAGCUAUGGAACUCCCCAAGGGAAGUGCGGGAAUUAUUGGGAAGGCAGCUGUCAUGCUCACAAGUCAUAUGAUCCUUUGCAAAAGAGAUGCAUUGGGAAACAAUCGUGUUCGGUCUCAGUUGCUCCCGAGAUUUUUGGAGGAGAUCCUUGCCCAGAGAUUACAAGUAAGAAGCUAUCAGUGGAGGCUGUCUGUAGCUGAAAGCCUGAAGGGAUCAAAACAAGUAAUGGCUCAUAAAUGGGAAGUGUAGAGCAUCAUACCACCGGACUGUCAUUGAUAGUACAAAAACAAAAAGGAAUAGAUUGUACAAACUAGAAAGGAACGAAGUGGUCUUCGAUGGGUUAUGUUUCUCCAAAUUCUCGGAAGCUGACGUCGCUGUUGCAUCUUUCGAAAUUCAAAAUUGAUUUCCGAGUAAUCUUAAAUUCAAAAAAUAA